UCUCUCUUUCCCUCGUUCUUUUCCCUCUUCAUACACGCAAACUUCCUCUCCCUCAGUCGUCUUCUUCCCCGUCCUCUUAUAGGCCAAACGGUAAGUCCCUAUUCCUCGCUCUUCUCUCCCUAUUCUCUGUGCAUUUUCUCUGAGUCUCUCAUCUCCCUCUUCUCUUAGUAUUUUCUCUGAUUUUAUCUCAUGCUCUGCCUACAAACGCUCGUAUCUGAGGCUGCUGCUUAGGUCGGGAAUAGUGGUGGUGGGGGCCUUGGUAUUCGGAUACCUAACCUUGCCACACGAUUGAAGCCGUUUCUCGAGAAAGCUAAAGAAAUCCUAAAAAAAUCUGACCCCCUUCUCCAGCUGCAGUGUAAGGGAAUUAUGAAGAUCCAACGUUGAAGUUUCAAAUAUCACUCCAAAUUGCCGCAGAGUGUGAGAUUGCGAGAUUUAUGAUUGGAGAUCCAAAUUUUAGCUGGGUUGUUGGAUUUAAGGAGUUUGCACACCCUGCAGUGGAGAUUUUCUCUGCAGAUGCUACAGAUGGUUUCUUCGUUAGCUUUGGUUGGGUAAUCACGAAUGGUGUUGGCCUUGCAUCCUAUCCAAUUGACACUGUUCAUAGAAGAAUGAUGAUGACAUCUGGUGAGGCCGUCAAGAAUAAGAGUUCCUUUAAUGCAUUCUCUCAAAUCCUCAAGAAUGAGGGUCCCAAAUCUCUCUUUAAGGGAGCUGGUGCAAAUAUACUUCAUGCUGGUCCCAUUGUCCUUGGUUGUCAAAGCGAUCUUAAUUUCACUUUCUUUGUUUUUUAUUCAUACGCAAUUAUAAUUUGCUUCCUUUCAAAUUACUACCAAUUUCAAAUUUAGCAUAAGCUUUUAUUGAACAUU